AUGUCACUCACUUAUGCAACGGUCCCGGUCAAGGUCCAAGGCGUAUGCCUUAGUCUGUCUACAAUCCACAGCCUCAAAAACGGACCACCAAUUCUAUUCUUGCACGGAUUUGGCUCGUGCAAAGAGGACCUAGCUGAUAUCCAGCUUCACUCAGACCUGGAGCAACAUGGGUUCAUCGCUUUCGAUGCCCCGGGCUGCGGGCACACAGAAAGUGACAAACUGUCAGCAACAGACAUUCCCUUUCUCGUUGCAACAACAGAAGCACUCCUGGCGCACUUUAAUAUCGCCCAAUUCCACCUGAUGGGUCACUCAAUGGGCGGACUCACUGCACUCCUUCUCGCACAUCGCAACCCAGACCGAGUCCUGAGCUUCGUGGAUAUCAAGGGCAACCUUGCGCCCGAGGACUGUUUCCUUAGCCGGCAGAUCUUCACCUUUCACUCGGAUGAUCCGGCAGAUUUCUUUGAACAAUUCAUCGAUCGAACUCGGAAGGCACCGUCUUUUGCUAGUCCGUUAUACUCAAGCACCCUCCGUGCACGGGUGCGCGUUGAGGCGGUACGACCAAUUUUUGAGUCGAUGGUCCGCUUAUCGGAUGAGGAGGAUUUGCUUGGAAUGUUCCUUGGGCUAUCGUGCCCGAAGAUGUUUAUGUAUGGGUGGGAGAACCGGGGACUGUCGUAUCUGCCACGGUUGAAGGAAGGGGGCGUGGAGUUGGCGGAGAUCACGAAGAGCGGGCAUUUUCCCAUGUACUCCAACCCUGUUGAGAUGUAUACGCGGAUAUCAGUGUUUCUGAACAAAAUUCGCCCGAACUAA